AUGUAUGCCAAGGAAGAAAAAUGUUUAAUCUCACAGAUCUGUGAAGGCCUGUUCUCCAAAAUAUCAGAGAGAAGUACGAGCAAUAUGGUGUCAUUUCGUACAGAGGUCAGGUAUGGGAUGUUUUUUAACAUGUAUGUGUAUGACCUGCUUAAAAAGAAGACUGUAGUUAUGGAGAGUGGAGGCUUAAGAGUGAGAGAGCACCCGAGGGAUGGACCAUAUGUUGAGAAUCUGUCCAAGCAUUUCGUACAUGACUACAGCAACAUGGAAGAGUUGAAAACUGCUGGGAACGCCAACCGUAUCACUGCCAGAACAAGGAUAAAUGACUCCAGUAGCGGUUCGCAUGACAUCUUCACCAUCUGCUUCACUCACAAAUGGUUUGAUGCAGAGUUGCCACGCGAGAGGAUGAGUAAGAUCCACCUGGUGGAUCUGGCUGGCAGUGAGAGGGCAGACACCACACAGACUUCAGGCAUCAGACUAAAGGAGGGCGCCAACAUCAACAAAUCCCUCAUCACCCUGGGCAAUGUGAUGUCAGUUCUGGGUAAAUGGCAUUCAAAGCAGGACUACUGA